AUGUCUCUCCCCAAAGCAAACUUCUCAUUUAUCAUUCCUAGCAUCCAUGACGACCUGGAACUCAAGUGCCGGCUCUACUAUCCUCGGAGAACAGAACAAAAUGCUGCUCAGCUCUUUGGCAAGGCCUUCGCCAUAAUGGCCCACCCUUACGCACCUUUGGGUGGUUCAUAUGAUGAUCCUGUGGUGGGUAUGGCCGGGAGUGUGCUGCUCCAGAAUGGCUGCUUCUUGGUGACCUUCAACUUCAGGGGGGCUUCCGGUUCGGCAGGCCGAACGUCUUGGUCUGGCAAGGCAGAGUUGGCAGACUAUGUCUCCGUGUAUGGAUUUGUUUUGUGUUACAUUGAUGCGAUCUGCCGGACAGCGCCCGGCGAUGGCCGUGUCUCGACCAAGGAAUCACCUCUCCUGAUUCUGGGUGGAUAUUCGUAUGGCGCCAUGAUCACUUCCCACCUGCCACCAGUCGACGUGGUAGCCAGCUUGUUCGAGUCUCUAAUUCCGGGGUCUGCUCAGAGCGAGAUCAAGCUACGCGCUAUGGACCUAUCUCGAGACGGCACAGCUUACGUGGACUUGUACAUGUCUCGAAUGACACUGUCUCUACCUGGGAUUCGGGGUGAUCCGGGAGAAGACGUCAAAAAGUCCCGUCUUGGUGUCACGGUGGGAGGCUACGAGUCAGAUGCAGCCAGCCGACGGGCCAGUCGUGAAUCGACAAGGAAAAGCAUUGACGGGGAAAGGGUCAGACAGAGCAUCGAGCGAGUUCGUCGGAAGAUCCAUCCUCGCGGCGGCCGUAGUCCAGACUCGGAAACAGAACGGCACAGGACAGAAUCUGCGGGACUGCUGGUGCCGGCAGUAGCUUACGUCCUGAUUUCACCACUGUUACCACCGGUCGCUGGCUUUACGACGAUGUUUUCGAAGUUGCAAUUCACCCGCAAAGGACGGGAAAUCGACACACCGCAAGAGGAAUAUCAUGAGCUUACCGCUCAUCCGUGCUGCUGUCUGUUUGGAAGCAGAGAUGUCUUCACCUCGGAUCGAAAACUGCAACGGUGGGCAGCAGACUUGAGUUCACGACCCGGUUCUCAAUUCACUGCCGUCAGAGUCGAUACCGGGCAUUUUUGGCACGAGGAUGAAGGGUCGGUCCAGCUGCGACAGGGUCUGGCGGAGUGGCUGAAGAAGCUAACUCCCAAGAGCUUGAGCAAGGAUGCCCAAGGGCCGGAGAAGUCAUCUCAGUCCACCUCCAAUGACGGGAUAUGA